AUGGAUGUUUUGAAGAAGCUUGGAGCUGAGAUAACGGAAACAAAGACUGAGGUGAGGAUGUUGAAGGAGAGAGAGUUUGGUACAGAGAUGGCUUUGGCUUCUUUAAAUGCUGAGCUACAUAAGAGCAUAGCAAAGAUGGCUAAAGCUGAGUCUGAUGCUGCAGAGAGUGCAGCAGCUAUGAACAAGGCUUUGAACGUUAAGGAGAAGAAAGAAAAAGAAAAUGGAGAAGAAGAGAGGAGGAGGAAAGAGCUGAUGAGGAAGAUGGCGAAGGAGUAUCCUACACUGGCACAGAUACUUGACAGUAACAAAAAUGGUUAUUUUGCGAAGACUACAAAGAAGAAGAAGAAACCUAUCGUUCCUCUUUUGGGUGAUUUCUUCUUUUUCAAGAAGAAAGGUUCUUCAACUGAAAUUUCUGGACCUCUUGGUCCUCUUUACACUACUUCUUCCACUUGAAGUGUAUACGUAUGCACGCUCUAAUGCUCAUCAAUAUCUGUGUGUAUGUUCUUUAUUUGUUUGUCUCUUUGUUUGGAUUUUGUGUGCAAAGCAGAAACGUAUGUUUCCUUAUUUCAUCCUGUAACAGGUGUUAGUUAUUACCUAUC